AUGGGCCACAAAGGCGUUUCGAAGGGCCCCCUCCCCUCCCAUAUGCUUUCCCACCAGCGGGUUCGACACCGUCCGCCUUCAGAGGUGCUUGAUGAGGAACGGUUUGAGAAGUUCAAACAAGGACAAUAUUAUCCUGCUAAUAUUGGCGAUGUGCUUAUUUCCAAAUACCAGAUUGUUGGUAAACUUGGUUUUGGGAGCACUUCUACUGUAUGGCUCGCUCGUGAUCUUGAGGACCUUCUCUACCACAAUCCCAACAAUCGAUUUACCGAAGAUCUCUUCAAAUCUGGUCUUAUGCAGAUCUUUCUUGCACUUGACUACCUGCACACUGAAUGCAAGCUUGUCUACACCGUUGAAAUAUGGAAUGUUGUUGUUAUGGUGUGGGAUUUGUUUGAGGGGAGACACCUUUUCCAUGGAAAUGACCCUGACGGCAAAGGGUACUCGACCUGGACGCAUCUUGCAGAAGUUAUGGGUAUUCUAGGGCCACCUCCUUUAGAUAUGCUUCAGCGUGGGAAACGAAGCCAUGAAUUCUUCGCCAGUGAUGGGAAAUGGAAGCAAGACAUAGAGAUUCCGACAGGGGUCAGUUUGGACCAGUUGGAAGAAUUCCUCGAGGGAAGAAAUAAGGAGAUUAUUAUAGCUUCCAUGAGAGCGAUGCUUCAGUGGCGGCCUGAAGAUAGGAAGACAGUAAGCCCUGGGCCUUCAACCUUAAGACUUUACCCAGAGUGGUUUGAUAUCCAUGCAAAUACCAUAAAUUUCUUAAUCAGGAAGUCCGAAAUUACGUAUAGUGUGCUUCUAAGGCAAGGUUCCCAGGUGACCUCGGGAGUAUUCCAAGAUUAUGGAUGCAUGAUACCUUACAUACCUACCUACGUACCAGAUUUCCUAUGCCAGAUCUUGGCUUUCCCUUUCCGCUUUCGUGAUCAGCCCCUCGCCGGUUUUGCUCACUGA